UAAAACUUUUGUUUUGGAAAAGUAGUGUAUACACUUGGGAAAUAAUUAACACAAAUCAAUAUAAUAAUUAGUCACUAUCCAAUUAGAAACAUACCAAUGGGCAAUAAACAAAUAAAACAACACUUGGAAACAGCCCAAAAGACUGGAAUUCUAAAGAUUUCCCUACAACGCCUUCAAGACUUUCCACCUCAACUCAAAACCUAUCCGAAUGUUCUCAAAACACUAGACUUGUCCGAGAAUCGCUUCGAACGAAUCCCAGAUGACAUUGCAAGGUUUACCCUACUCAAGCACAUUAACCUAAGCGGAAACAAGCUAACCGAACUGCCAGAUGUCUUAGGCGAGUUACAAAAACUUGAAGUUCUUUUGGUGAUGGACAAUUUCCUAACGAGAAUUCCCAAAACCCUCUCGAAUUUGAAGCACCUGAAGCAAGUCAAUCUAAGCAAUAACCAAAUAGUUGAAUUCCCCAUUAUGCUUUGUGGGUUGAAGCAAUUGGAUGUUCUGGAUAUAUCGCGCAAUAAGAUCACCUCAGUUCCGGCUGAAGUCAGGAACUUGCAUGUGAUAGAGUUGAAUGUUAACCAAAAUCAGAUUUCCAAACUUUCGGAGGAAAUUGCCGAUGCACCGAGAUUGAAAACCCUACGAAUUGAAGAGAACUGCCUGCAGGCUAGCGCCUUCACACCGCGCAUCCUAAAGGAGUCCAAAAUAAGUAGCUUAUGUGUGGAUGGAAAUCUAUUCAACUCAAAACAGUUCACUGAUCUGGAUGGUUACGAUACAUAUAUGGAGCGUUAUACUGCCGUUAAAAAGAAAAUGUUCUAAGGGAAGAUUACGAUAAAGAAGAAGAAGGUGAUGACCAAAUGCAGUUCGAAGAAGAAGAAAAAGUGCUUAGGAUUAAGAAGAUUAUAAUUCCUCUAGAUGUGUGCUAGAUAUUUAUUGAAUUUCUCUCUGAUUUUGUGUAAUUUCAAAAAACAGCGUUGAGCGCAAUAAAUUUUCUUUAUAUAUUUUAUCAUUGUA